AUGGCGCCGGCGAAGAAGGGUGGUACGACGGCGCAAGCAGGUGCACCUCCUCCUCCUGGCAGCUCGAGUUUAGUCAUAUCACGAAACAAACAUUGGCGGUAUAUUUCAUCCUUCCAUGGACCAUGGCUCCAGCUACCGCCCGAGAUCCUCGACUCGCUCGCUCACCAGAACUACACGAUGCCGGCCCCGCGACUGGUUGACCCUGCGGUAUUCUACGAUGUGGUGAGGAUCCGCAAGGCAGUGGACGAGGCGGCGCAGGACUCGGUGCGCGCAUCGACGGGAGUGUCUAGUACAGCAAUGCAUGGGCGUAUGGAUUACUUCGGCACAGGCGGGGGGCCUGGUUCUCAACUGAGCAAGGAGCGCAUAUUCAAGAUCCGGCAGAAAGCCGUCAAGCUACUUUCAAAGGCAUUCGCCCUGGAUGAAGUGGCGGCAAGUGUGGCGACGAUGCAGGCAACAUCUACGGUGGAAGACGUUGGACAGCAUGUUCUCAAGAGAGAUCCCAACAGCGCAGACGCCCGCUACGUCCACUUCUUUCACGAAAAGAUUCCUUCCAGAGCGAUGGAGCAAUACACUCCACUGGAGCCUCUAACCGACAUCAUCGCAUCAUUGCCGUUUGAGGAGCAAGCGGCACCUUUACGGACUCGAGCAUUGGUGCAGAUAUUCAAGCAUCAGUGGGAGGGCGCGGCAUUGGACCUCACAAUGGCCAUACGGAUUACGGAGGAGAUGAAGCGCGUACACAAGCCAGAUCAGCAGCAGUUGGAAUUGGCUAGCAAGAUGAAGGAGGAGCAGGAUGCCUGGCGAAACGGACACAGGGAUUGGAGAUCAGUGCCUCAGCUGAAGGAAGAGGAUCAACCUAGGGGCUUGGGAAUGCAAUUGUUAUUCAACAGGGCGGGGGUCUACCUUACGAUUGCAUGUCAAAGCGUACAUGCUGCCUUGGACGGGUUGAAGGAGUACCAGGCUGCACAGGCAAACGGUGAGGCUUCUGCUGAGGAUGCAAAGGCACAAGCUGCGCGACUCGAAUCACGGAAAAAAGUCAAGACGUAUGCAAAACGUGCGAUGAAGGAUUAUACGGCUUUCUUGUCCCACUUUGACUACACCCCUGGACUACCGUUCGAGAUCACCAAUGAAAUCAUGCGACGCGUGUACGAUCUGGCCAACGGCAAGAGGACACACGCACCACUGCCAAAGAACCGCCUUGUGGAGCUGGAUGGCGACACGGAGGAUGAUUUGGACCAAAACGGCAAUGCCACAGCCUCGGCGCUGAUCAAGCAGGAGAAGACCAAGGCCGAACCCUUUGAGCGAGGCGAAGAUGGAUGGCCUCGCUUCCCAUCGCCGAAGAUUCAUCCUGCCAGCGCCCUUUUCGCAGAAAAACCACCUGCCGAUCUGCCUACGUUCCYAAACGCCGAAACCACCGAAGCUAUGCGAAAGAACGAGACAAUUCACGAGGCUUUUGGAAGUCGUGAGGCCGUUACGUACCACCCUCUCCUGACAGAUGCGCUCCACUCGCUACUUCWGGCGCAUGCGCUCAUUCAGACGAGCCCGACGGAAUUGCUCCGACAUGCACACAACGCCGCGCGCCUAGCCCGCAUCGCCGACGGAUAUCCGAUUUUCCAGGCUGCCAGAAGUCCAGCUCGCGCCGAUUGGAUCGAAGUCUUGCGGCGUGCGAACAAUUGGCUCGGUCUCUCUGUGCCCUGGCAGAAACUUUGCGCUCCGGCACCCCUACCCGAUGCUGCGGGAGGUUGGGCGAAGGAGACUGGUUCUGGUGCUUUGGCUAAGCGGCGGGAGAAGAAGGAGGAGACGAGCGAGCAGAAACGCGAGCGCAUCAAGCAGGAGUCCAUUAUUGAUGCACUGUCUGAUGACCGUGUCGUGGACGAGGAUUCUUUCCAGAAGGCUGUCCGUGCUCGCGAGAGACGUGCAAUGGAAGACGAGCAAGGUCUGUCUGGUCCGCUCAAAGACAGAGACCUCGAUUCGACCGCUUCGAGCAAYACGGGUGAUGGUCUACCACCUCCUAAGCGAUGGGCACAGGACGAGAACGGCAAGGAAUAUCCCAUCUCUACUGAUCGGGCUGCUGCUAUUGCGAGAUGGAUCAAGGAGUCUCCGUUGUCCAUGGGCGGGGGAAAGAAAAAGCGUACCACCCGGAAGAAGAAGCCUGCUAGCAAUGGUGUGCACGCAGCGACAGAAGGCGUGAACGGGUUGUCAGUGGACAACGAAAAUGAAGAAGGUCCGGAUUGA